UGCCGGCGAAUCAGUUCAUCAGAUGGUUGAGAGUUGUUCUUGUGUUAGCUCCCGCUGACUGUAUCGUUUGAAAGAUCUAGUGAACAAAGGAAAAAUCAAAGAGCCGGCUACCGGGACAUUUUCAAAAAAUAAAGCAACGAUUUUCUUUCUUUUUCAUUAACGGGCUCGUGAAUUCGGGAGUUUUCGUCGUGAUUGUUCCGGUGUCUUUUUUUCGAACAUUCACUAAUUUUGAAAACAUUUCUUUUCGAUCGUAAUCGAAGCAAGAGAUAUGAAAUAUUUCCUUUUCCUUCAAUAUUCAAUGUGAUUAUUGUCCCCUGGAAAAAAUUACAAAUAGUAAUACGAUAAUUGCAUCUGCACUUGGAAAAAUCAACAUAUCUGAAAUAAAAUGGAAGUAUUACCGUGUCCGGUGAAUGUCAACUUCAGCAACAACAGAGCUGGAUAUGUUACGGACGAAUUGGACGGUGCCUGUCAGGCACUCGGCAAGAGACUCGAAGUCGAACUCCGAGCCGCAAAACAAGCUCAACUCGCUUGCGGUGAAGUUUUACUCCCAGCUGAUCUCUUACCAAGGAUAGCCAGAGACGUGCUCGUCAUGGCAGAGAAUGAACCGUGCGGCCUCCGAGGCUGCACACUUUUCAUAAGCUUUGAAACGGACAACAUGUGCCGAAGGCUUUCUAAAGUGCAGUGCGAUCCCAACACCGUGUCAACCUUCGAGUUGUAUCUGACCCUGAAACAGGAUCACACGUCGUGGCACAUACUCAUACCCCAAUUUUUGAAAAACUUGACACGCGGUGGAACAAUAAUGAUUAGCAGGGAUUUCACACUGGAGAAAAAGAAGCUUUACCGUUCGUAUCAACAGGAUCAUUGAGAGUCGGCAUUCAUUUAUUUCUCAAACUACAAGUUUUCGUGGUCGAUGAGACUGAGUAAAACGAAAUGGCCACUUGAAACAUUAAUGUGGUUUUUUGCUAACGGACAAUGUGUCCGUUGAAAUGCGGCAAUGUCGCACUUUUCUCUUGCGAGAACGAGACAAGAAAGAGGAAGAGACAUGCCCCGAUCGACGUCGACAAGUUUUCAAACGAACACGAGGAUGUUUUUUCUCCCAAAUCGACUCGGGGCUAGUCGCAGCCUUUGUCGAAUCAUCUGUUGCGGAUGUUAUUGCUUCUUCCAUCCGCACUCUCCAGACAUCUACACUUUUCAUGCGUUUCGGUACAAAUUUGGGACAUAAUUCAUCCAAAAACAUCACGGUGGGAGAACGAAGGGAGGCGAAGAAAACGAGAGACGGAGAGGAGAAACGAGCACACGAGAAAAAGGCAGAGAAACUACAUGCGCACAGUCGCUAGCAUACAACGGUAUCUAUAAAAAAAAACGACAAAAAACACCCAGUAUAUCUCAAGCAUUCAUCGAUUUCCCGAUGAGUUAAAAAGUUUAAUAACAUUCAUCGCUUAUAGAUCACAUAAUGAGUUCGAAGAGACGAGAAAAGUAAGUGACUACAAAUGAAAAUGCAGAAAACGUAUAUAUUUCCGCGCUCCGCUCUUUUUUCUCAUACUAAUUUUUUCUUUGCUCUUUCAUUGUCUAUUUUUUUUACCCGUCAUUAUUGACGAUCGUGUUAUUCUCAAGAGAACAGCUUUAUGGGAAAAGUGUGUGUGAAAUAUCGCACUAACACAGGAAAAUAUACAAAUUACUCCAAGUUUAUUGUGAUAGCGGGCAAAACAAAAUCUAUUGGUAGGAAGAACAAAAUCGAAAAAAUAAAAAAAGGAAUAAGCGGAAAAUAAUAAUGAAACAAAGAAGUAAAUGACUCUUCUGAGAAGAGAAUUAAUUAUAUGAAAAUGUCUUCAUUAACGAAGAUACAUCAUUAAGACUUCCAACAAAUUUUACGUGAUACGUAGUGUGUAUUUCAGCGUUAGGCGAAGUGAUGUUUCAAUAUGAAAUAUUAACGAUAGGCAUAUAUAUAUAUAAAUAUAUAUAUAUAUAUAUAUUCAAAUACAUACAUAUAGAAGUUUUCAUUUAUUCGAUUGUAGGUUCACGUUGUAGACCAAUGAUCAGUUUUGCAUGAAAAAAAGAGAUAAUUUACAUGAACACACAUUGUUUAUAAGAUAGUUGAAAAUUCCGAGGAUACGUGGAGAGAAAUAAUUGCUAUUAUUGAGGGUUCGAAAAAAAAAAACGGUCGUAGUCUUUCGAAAAAGAACUGAAAUUCAUGAGAGUUUUCUGGCAAUCUUUAUAUUUGACAAAUCUUCCGAUUACGAAGUGAAAAAAGUUGGUCUUUUUCCAAAAUUCUCAAUUUGAACAAACUAUCGGCCUAUUUUUUUCAAUUUUUCAACGAAUUCAUUUCAUUAACUAGAAUUGUGUGAACUGACCAUUUCUCUCCUCGCGUUCUACGGAUAUUUGAAACUCCAUGCAUACUUCACUUCACUGUCAUUAUUACGAAUACGAUUUUUGUGAAGCCAUUGCGAAAAAAAAACUCAAAAAAAGUAGUAGUAUUUGUCUUAAUAGAUUUUUUUCAUUGCCUGUCUGCAAGAAAAAGUUGAUAUCGAGCCGUUGGUGGUAUUGUGAUAUUAAUAGAAAGAAGAAAAAAAAAACAAAAAAUAUACAAAAAGCAAGUGUGAUUAACGUAAGUUUUAAGUUAUGAAAUAAAAAUUGAGAGAGAGAGAUAACAAGUAACAAUAAUAAAGAAACAACGCGGUUCGCAUCGCACUCACACACAUUAAUUCACAACGAGCAAUAACAUCGUUCGCAUAUAAAUGUAUAUACACGACAGACAGACUGAUGCAAACACAAUUUUCAAAUAAUUCAAGGAUGUGAAUAUUAUAACGAAAAAACAAAUAUAACCAAUCGAAAGUCGAUAACUUUUUGCAUUCGCGGCGCUUUACGACGAAUGUUCUUCGACCAUGUGAUUUUUUUUUGAAAUCAUUUAUUUCAAAUGAAAAUGUUGCAUGUUCGCGAAGUAAAGAAUUAAUUUUUACUAUAUAUUUCAUUUAAAAAAAAAUAGUUUCUUUUAUUUGUUCCAUUUAACUGGCAUGAAUACACUUAUGCGCCGCGAAUGCAUUUGAAUAAAAUUUUGAACUUGUACUCUCACGAGAUGUGUACAUGUACCAAAAACAGGAUGCUUAAUCAUACACAAGUUGAAUAGAUUUUUUAACUCUGUAACAAUUUGCCAGUUGGCUAUGGUUUGGGGAUAACGAAAUGGAAAAGAUUCUUUCUCAUCAAUGAAACAAUCUUUUCAUAUCUGUCUCACUUUCCGAUUCGAGGUAAUACAUGUGAUCUUAUAUCAUUAUUAUGAUUAUGAAGUAGAGAUACAAAAAUAACAGAGUAUAAGAUGCUAUUAUUGGGUAUAUUUUAUACUGAGUUUAAGAUUAUGAAAAGAUUAUGAAAGGAAGAAAGAGAGAAAAAAACGAAAAACGCAUGAAGGGAGGAUGAA